AUGGCUGUCUCUAAUCGACAUACUGUAUGCGUUGCCUUACAGGAUUACCCCUCAUACACAUUUGGCCAAAACCAGUACGCCCAGUAUUACCCGGCAUCCUCGUACGGAACCUACAUGACCUCCAACAGCGUGGACGGCUCGGGGACCACGGCGGCCUAUCAGCUGCAAGAUCCCGCCCCCGCCAUGACAGGACAGGCUGCCGAGCUCCACCCAGGGGAAUUCGAGCCGGUGCAGAGCCCCUCCACCCCCAUCAAGGAGCUGGACGAGCGCGCCUGUCGGAGCGGGGGCUCCAAGUCCCGGGGCCGCGGUCGCAAGAACAACCCCCCCCCGCCCGACAGCGACCUGGAGCGAGUGUUUGUGUGGGACCUGGACGAGACCAUCAUCGUCUUCCACUCCCUGCUCACGGGGUCCUACGCACAGAAGUACGGCAAGGACCCACCGAUGGCCGUAACGCUCGGUCUGAGAAUGGAGGAGAUGAUCUUCAACUUGGCAGACACACACUUAUUUUUCAACGAUCUCGAGGAAUGUGAUCAGGUACAUAUUGAUGAUGUAUCAUCAGACGACAAUGGCCAGGAUUUGAGUACUUACAGUUUUGCAACUGAUGGCUUCCAUGCAGCUGCGACCAGCGCCAACCUGUGCCUUGCUACUGGGGUCCGCGGCGGGGUGGACUGGAUGAGGAAGCUGGCCUUCCGCUACCGACGGGUCAAAGAGUUGUAUAGCACGUACAAAAACAAUGUAGGGGGGCUGCUGGGCCCGGCUAAGAGAGACGCCUGGCUGCAGCUCAGGGCCGAGGUGGAGGCUCUGACCGACUCCUGGCUCACCCACGCACUCAAGUCCUUGUCCAUCAUCAGCUCCAGGAGUAACUGUGUGAAUGUGUUGGUGACGACCACCCAGCUCAUACCGGCGCUGGCUAAGGUUCUCCUGUACAGUCUGGGCUCGGCUUUCCCCAUCGAGAACAUUUACAGCGCAACCAAAAUAGGAAAAGAGAGCUGUUUUGAGCGUAUAGUGUCCCGCUUUGGCACUAACGUUACAUAUGUUGUGGUUGGCGAUGGGAGAGAUGAAGAGCAUGCGGCCAGCCAGCAUAACAUGCCUUUCUGGAGGAUAUCUAGUCACUCGGACCUGCUGGCUUUGCAUCAAGCACUGGAAUUUGAGUAUCUGUAACAGAUACCAAAAGCAAUACGGACAUAUUCAAUGUCGUCAGAGGUGGUCGCCGACAGACCUCAAAGAGCCUCGUUCUGUAUACAUAUUUAAGAAAAAAAGACAACACACCAUACACUGCGACUUUUUUUGUGAUUUCCUUUUUUUUUUUUUAUGUUUGUAUUUACAUACUCUGGUCUUAAGAAGAGAGGUGAAGGAAAAAAAAAAACUUAAGGACAGUGGGGUCAAGACAGGACUGGACCCCGCCCCCCCCCCCCACACACCCCUCGUCCUGAUGAUGCUGAGGACUGACAGUUGUGAAGUAGCAACACCGCUCAAGCAAGAAGGAUCUUCCCAGCGCCCAACUUCGAUACUCGUCAGUACUCUCGAUGCUCGUCGUCCGAUUUCGUUUACCCGUGGGCCUCUUGAUUGAGUUCUGCAGAACCCAGGCCUGAGCGGCCAAACCCAUGAAAGUGUGUCCAUUCAUGAGGAACUCCCAUUUAGGAGCUGAGCAGAGGGUUGGUUUGAGUCAUGCCGGGUUGGGACAAACAGCUGCAUGUGAAAACGAGCUAUUAUAUACUGCAAUUAACUUUCUGUUUGGUCAUUCGAAUUACAAUGAAGUCCGUAGCAGAAACUUGUAAAUUAUCAGUAACCUUCUGUGGGCAGCAGUUCUUGUCAAUGAAAGGAAAAUGUUUCUUUUAGGGGAUCUGGAUUUUUUGUAUGUUUUUUUUUGAAAAGGAGAAUGUGAUGUGUUGUGCCUUAUAAACGUGUUUGAGUGAAUAUUUCCUUUUUUCCCAGACCUAAUAUGUAGAUAUAAAAAUACCCCAAACAAAA